AUGACUUCAGAACGUGAAAGCAAGACGUUUCUCGCCAGGCUCUGCGAGCAGGCUGAACGCUACGAUGAAAUGGUUACAUACAUGAAGGAAGUUGCCAAUUUGGGAGGCGAACUCACCGUCGACGAACGCAAUCUUCUCUCUGUUGCUUACAAAAACGUCGUUGGUACCCGUCGUGCUUCUUGGCGCAUUAUCUCCUCCAUCGAGCAGAAGGAGGACUCCAAAGGCUCUGAGAAGCAUGUUGCUAUCAUCAGCGAGUACCGCCAGAAGAUCGAAACUGAGCUCGAGCGCGUCUGCCAGGAUGUUCUUGAUGUUUUGGACCAGUCUUUGAUUCCCAAGGCGGAGUCUGGUGAAUCCAAGGUUUUCUACCACAAAAUGAAGGGGGACUAUCACCGUUAUCUCGCUGAGUUUGCUUCAGGUAACAAGCGCAAGGUUGCCGCCACUGCCGCCCACGAGGCUUACAAGAACGCCACCGACGUCGCCCAAACUGAACUGACACCAACCCACCCAAUCCGUCUCGGACUCGCCCUCAACUUCUCAGUCUUCUAUUACGAGAUCCUCAACUCUCCUGAUCGCGCUUGCCACCUGGCUAAGCAGGCGUUCGAUGAUGCUAUUGCUGAACUCGACUCACUCUCUGAAGAGUCUUACCGCGAUAGCACGUUGAUCAUGCAGCUGCUGCGAGACAACUUGACGUUGUGGACGUCGUCGGAUGGCGCAGAACCUGAGCCAGUUGCUGCUGGUGAUGGAAAAGAUGAUAAGACGGCUGAGGGUGAGGAAGGACCGGCGACUGCGACUACUACUGAUGCCCCUGCUCCUGAAGAAGUGGCUGCACCAGCUGCUGCAGAUGAGGAGCCAAAAAAGGAGGGCACAACGGAGUCUUAA